CCGGCCGGGGGAGGCGGGACUUCCGGCGGGAGCGGAGGAGCCGGUGAGCGACAGGGCGGAGACCGCGGCCGGGAGGAGCGCGGCGGCGUCCCGGGAGACCAUGGCCCUGCGGCCGGCCCGCCCGGCCUUCCUGGCUCGCGUCCCGCUGACCCUGGGCCUGGUCCUCUUCUACUACUGCUUCUCCAUCGGCAUCACCUUCUACAACAAGUGGCUCAUGAAGAGCUUCCACUUCCCGCUCUUCAUGACCCUGCUGCACCUGGCCGUCAUCUUCGCCUCGUCGGCCCUGGCCCGCACGGCGCUCAGCCGCUUCCAGGCGCGGGCCCGCGUCGUCCUGGGCUGGCCGGACUACCUCCGCAGGGUGGCCCCCACAGCCCUGGCCACGGUGCUCGACGUGGGUCUGUCCAACUGGAGCUUCCUCUACAUCACCGUCUCCCUGUACACCAUGACCAAGUCGUCCGCCAUCCUCUUCAUCCUCAUGUUCUCGCUCAUCUUCAGGCUGGAGGAGCCGCGAGCAGGGCUGGUGCUGGUGGUGGUCCUGGUGGCGGCGGGGCUCUUCCUCUUCACGUAUAAGUCGACGCAGUUCGACGCGGACGGCUUCGCCCUGGUGCUGGCGGCCUCCUUCGUCGGCGGGGCCCGCUGGACCCUCACCCAGAUGCUCCUGCAGAAGGCCGAGCUCGGGCUCCAGAACCCCAUCGACACCAUGUUCCACCUGCAGCUCAUGUUCCUCGGCCUCUUCCCCCUCUUCGCCGCCGUCGAAGGCCUGCCCCUGUCCACGUCGCGGAAGCUGUUCCGGGCGGAGGGCGCCGGGGCGUUGGCGGGGGUCCUCUGCGCCCUGCUGGGCGGGGGGCUGCUCGCCUUCGGCCUCGGCUUCUCCGAGUUCCUCCUCGUCUCCCGCACCUCCAGCCUCACCCUCUCCAUCGCGGGCAUCUUCAAGGAGGUGUGCACGUUGCUGAUGGCGGCCCACUGGCUGGGCGACCAGAUCAACCUCCUCAACUGGCUGGGCUUCGCCAUCUGCCUGUCCGGGAUCUCUCUGCACGUCACCCUCAAGGCCCUCUCCGCCAAAGGUGAGCCGGACCCCCGGACGCCCAAAGGAGCCCACGCGGACCCCGACCUCGAGCUGCUGCUGUGGAGCCGGGAGGACGACGGCGACGACGACCCGGAGGACGAAGACGGCCCCCCCGCGGGACCGAGGCGGCGGGGAGGCCGCCGGGGCCCGGCCCCGGGGGGCCGCCGGACGCCCCUGACCCCGACCCCGGGACGGCGGGAGGCCGGGGGCCGCCUCGCCUCUCCGGGCCUCGCGUCCCUCCGCCGGGCAACGGGGGCGAAGCCCGCGAGCCGACGGCCUCGGAUCUCCCCCGGCGCGGAGCAAGCGCGGCGCGGACACCGUCGUCGUGACGAUUGUUCUUCCCGGGGGGUGAGGCCCGCGAGGCCCCACGGGGGACGACCCGGUGACCGUCCAUCCCCCCGCCCCCCGGCGCUCGGGACGCUGUCCCGGCCGGAGCGAGCGCCUCGCGGAGGCCGGGGCGGCCGAGGGGUCUCCUCGGGACGCCGGGGGCGAGGCCGGACUCCGGACGAGAAGGGACUCGUAGGCAGAGAGAGCGAGGGGUCCCUGGACCAGCGUAAGACGGAACCGACGGUAUUCGGGAAGCGCUCACUACGUGCCGGCCGCCGUACCGGGCCACCGAGGCGGCGUCAAGGACUUGGAGAAGCAAAUCCCCUCAGCAUCCCGUAUUCGGAUUACAUGAAGGAUCUGACGAGCGAUAAGAAGAUCCUGGUGUCGGCCAUGGUCCUGGUCUUCAAGGGCGAGAAGACGCUCCUGGAGAAAGACGUGACCCUGGGGGAUUUCAUCCUCAUCAAGGAGGGAUUUCUAGGCGAUACGGAGGGGGAGGCCGUGGGCGAGAUGGAGGAGCGGGGGUGCGCGGGCUGGGCCCGGAGCCGGAGGGAACCAUUUUGCUCCGGCCUCGGUGCCCUCUGGGCCCCCAGGUGCUGGGCCCUGCCGUGGUGGACGAACCCUGCACCGUGGCCGUGA